AAGUAGACCAAAGACAAAAGGAAAGAGCAAGAACGGUGGACUAGGGUUCGUUCGUCGGUGCUCGUACUGGCAAAAUGAAGCUUGCAGGCCUGAAAUCCGUCGAGAACGCCCACGAUGAGUCGGUGUGGGCGGCUACGUGGGUCCCGGCCACCGAUACCAGAGGUGCCCUUCUACUCACCGGGUCUCUGGACGAGACUGUGAAGCUCUGGAGGUCCGACGAACUCGUCCCGGAGCGCACCAACACGGGCCACUGCCUCGGCGUUGCGUCCGUGGCGGCUCACCCCUCUGGCCUCAUCGCCGCCUCGGCCUCUCUCGACAGCUUUGUUCGGGUCUUCGACGUAGAUACCAACGCUACCAUUGCUACUCUCGAAGCUCCGCCAUCUGAAGUCUGGCAAUUGCGCUUCAAUCCCCAGGGUUCCACUCUAGCAGUUGCUGGUGGGGGUAGUGCGUCAAUCAAGCUUUGGGACACUGCCACGUGGGACUUGGUUGCCACUCUACCUAUUCCUCGUCCAGACGGUCCCAAGCCCUCUGAUAAAAGUGGCAGCAAGAAGUUUGUCCUAUCAGUUGCCUGGAGUCCUGAUGGGAAGCGACUUGCUUGUGGCUCAAUGGAUGGCACUAUCUCAAUUUUUGAUGUGGCUCGUGGAAAAUUUUUACACCACCUUGAAGGACACUUCAUGCCUGUGAGAUCUCUGGUGUACUCCCCCAUUGAACCACGGCUACUCUUUUCCGCCUCGGAUGAUACACGUGUGCACAUGUAUGAUGCUGAAGGAAAAUCCCUGGUUGGAGUCAUGUCAGGUCAUGCAAGCUGGGUAUUGAGUGUGGAUGUAAGCCCAGACGGGGCAGCUAUUGCCACCGGCUCUAGUGACACCACCGUGAGGCUUUGGGAUCUUUCAAUGAGGGCGGCUGUGCAGACAAUGAGUAAUCAUUCAGACCUGGUUUGGGGAGUGGCAUUUCGACCGCCAGGAGGGAGCGGUGUUCGGGCUGGUCGGCUUGCUAGUGUGUCGGAUGACAAGAGCAUAUCGCUUUAUGACUAUUCCUGAAGUAAUUGGCAUGUGGAGGGUGUACACAAAAAAAAUUGUGUUGUUAUAACUUAAUGGUUACUAACUUUUUCAUAUUUGAUCCCAUAAAAUAUUUGGUUUCUUCGUUUGAUCUUCUGAUUGGCUAUU